AUGGAUCGCCCCGAGCCAGGACUCGUCAAGUGGUCUCCCAAUGCCUCAAUCGACAGUUUUGUGCAUAUCAACCUGCAGCAUCGUGUUGUUCAGCUCUAUGAGCCCACUGGCCACGCACGCGCCGGGAGGUUUGACUAUACCAAGGUCAGCAGGCACGAUGACUUUCCUCCUCUCACGACGUAUGACUGGUCUCCCGAGAAUCCAAAUCUGCUAGCUGUCGGUACCGGCGCCGGAAUCGUGAAUCUUUUGAGGAUAGACGAUAGCUCCAAUGCAUAUGUCGAGCUGGGGCUCAAAAUGGCGCGGACUUGCCAAGCCGUUUCCUUCAACACGACUGGCCUUUUGGCCGUAGGUUUGGACCGUGUUCGAAUGGACCAAAGUCUACAAGUGUGGGAUGUCCACCGUCUGUCGUCCGUGACAUCCGCAGGGAAAGGUUUCCCUGAUCAUUGGGGCACUCUUGCGGAACCCAAGAGAGUUGAGCCCAGUGUAUCGGUUUCAAGCAUCAAGUUCUUUGAAGAUAGUCCCCAAGUACUAGCAGCGGGCAUCAAGGGCCAGGGAGUCAGGAUACACGAUCUUCGUGCCAUCGACUACGCCGAUCAAAACUACUUUGCAUCCUCAGCUCUGGACCAUCCUGGAGUCAUGAUAUGGGAUCGAAGAGCAACCUCUCGCCCCGUAGCCUCUCAUACCUACGCCCAAGCUGUUGAAGAAGAUGAGCUGCCAUGGGGCGGUGCCUUGCGCCUUGACACAGUUGUUGAUACCGAUUCCGAGUCCUCCAUGGCCGAGGAUAAGCACGCUCUCAUUCGUUCCCUUCGUUAUUGCCGUGACCAUCGCGGUCUUCUAGCCGUUUUAUCACGUACUGGUCAGCUCAAGGUCCUGGAAACUAACAAAGAACUCCCAUCGUCAGACGCCGUCCCUCACGAGGGCCCUGAGCUGCUCAAGGUACAGCGAUCUCAUGAAAUGGAUGUCUCAUACCGCGACAACUCUAGGAAGAAUGACAGAAUUGUGUCGUUUGAUUGGGUGACGUUGGGCUCACCAGCAUUGCGACCUAGACUUUUGGUCUUGCGAGCAAAUGGGGGAUUUGAUAUCUUGGAGCAGUCCUCUCGCACAGCCGAUCAUAUUUUCAAGCUUGUGCCUUGGCAAGCCCCCCAUCGCGGCCUUGAAGAGAAUACACCGUACCAAGAUUUAAUGCGUUUUGAGGCCACACAGGCUCCAAAGAUGCUCGCCCCAAUCAUCAUUGAGAAAAAUUUGUCCGAUGUUUCAAUAUUUGGACCGGACAAGGUGAAUGUUGAGGCAAGCAUUGAGAAGGCUCUAGACCCCAAAACACCAAUUUCAAUUGCUGUCAAGGCUGUGGGUGAGAUCUCUGCGCCUUUGCCCGAGUCUUUCGAAAAGGCCGAGACGAUUGCAGAAAAACUUCGCAGUCUUCGCAACUAUGUACGCGAUGAGAGCUCUCUUCCCGACUCGCCUGAUGAGGGCAGGCCGCAUGCCAGCGAUGUAAGGCGGCUAGGUAAUGGUAGACCUGGCUCCGCAUCCAUCAGCUCCAACGGGAUUGGCUCUUGUAGAGAAAUCCAUGAAGCACUUCUAGGUACUCUUUCAUCUUCAUCUGGGCUUCCCAAAGCAGCACAAGCUGUGGUGGAUCAUGUUAAGCUCUUUCGUGCCAAGGAGAGAUAUCUGUUCGAUGCUGUCACCAAUAGGAAUGUGACAUCAGAUGACCCUUGGAAGAGGUUUGUCUGGGAUUGGAUUGGCGAUGCGGAGCGAGCCGCGGAUGAUGGCGGUUUAAUGCUCUCUCACGUAGAUCUCAGUUACUUGGGAGUGCAUGCAAUAUGGACAAACAAUCUCGGCCGAAAUCCAACAUCUCGCCUGUCUCCAGGUGCCCACGUUCCCGAUGCCUAUACCUGGGAGCGUUCCAUUGGGGCAUAUUGCAAGAAGCGUCAAUUGCCCAAGUUUGACGGCGUGGCGACGAGAAAGCCUCACCAUCGCCAGCUAUGCCUUGAAAUAUGCGGCUGGGGCGAUGACCAGAACCAUGACCCAAGCGGCCUGGAUCGGGAAGCCGACCCGGAAUAUCCAGCCGGCAUUCAUACAACGGCAGCCUCCCGAGCUCUCUUCAGGGGUGACACACAACUGGCUGUGGAGAUCUUGAAGGAGGCCAGCCCAUCGCAUCCUGAACUGCUCUUUGUUUCAUUGGCUCUGCAGCUCAUAGGCCGGGAGGGUAAUCAGCUUCCUAAAGAGAAAUUGGACAUUGACGAGGCAGUUGCGUCAAAGACGGAUCCGUAUCUUCGGGCGAUAUCAUCCCUGAUAGCCACUGGCGACUGGACCAUCAUAGCUAACCAGUCUUCCUUGCCCCUUGCAGAUAGAGCUUACGUUGCGUUUCGCAACUUCACUGAUGACCAGCUUACGGCCUGGCUGAACGAGCAAGUCUCCCGCGCCGUGAAGGAGGGAGACAUCGAAGCCAUCUGUCUGACUGGCAUCACCGACACUAUGGUGGACAUCUUUGCGCGCUACGUGGAAAAGUUCAACGACUUCCAGACAGCCACGCUCGUCAUGUCCAUCUGCGCUCCUCGGUACAUUGACGACAUCCGCUGCCGAGCAUGGCGCAACGCAUAUCGCGCCUAUCUCCAGCGCCAUCGCUUCUUCUUCCAGCGGACAAAGUUCGAGGUCGAGUCCACCAAACGCUCCAAGCGCGAUGGCGUCCCUGCGCUCAAGCCGUCGUCGCGCCAGAUCGCCCUCCGCUGCGUCUACUGCGACGCCAGCACGUCUCUCGCCAACCAUCACAACGCAGCGCCCGUGGUGCCUUCGUCCACCAUGGAGACGCGCAACCCCAUGCUCGCAACCAGCAUCAACUCUGGCGUCAGCUGUCCCAAUUGCGGGAGGCAUCUCCCUCGCUGCAUUCUCUGCUACGAGGUUGUCGGCGUGCCGCGCUCGGACAGGCCAGAGGAGAGGGAGGAGACUCGCAUGGCCAGCAGGUUUCCAACGUUUUGCCUCCGCUGCGAGCAUGUGUUGCACUUGGAUCACGCGAGGGAAUGGUUUGCGAGACACGCCGAGUGUCCGGUGCCAGAAUGUCGCUGCCGCUGUAGUUUCAGGGCCAAUCCGGAGUUGAACUAUCAUUAA